AUGGAAGACAUUGAGGAAGAGGUGAACUAUUGGACCUCGUCAGUAGUUUGUUAUGUGUUGGGGACCAAUCCUCCUUUGCUUGUUUUCGAAGGGUUUUGCAGGAGGAUGUGGAAGAAUUUGGGGAUAGAUAAGAUGGCAAUUAUUGGUCAUGGCAUUUUCAUUGUGCGAUUUGUUACAGUAGAGCAGAGGAAUCAAGUAUUAAACAAUGGAAUUCUUUUCUUUGAUAAAAAGCCACUUGUUAUGAAAUCUUGGAGUGCACAGGAGGAUUUUAGGAAGGAGAGCUUUCAGAAAGUGCCCAUUUGGGUGCAGUUAUCGAAUUUAGAUCUUAAAUACUGGGGAGAGAGAUCUUUGUAUAAGAUUGUUUCUCAGAUUGGAAAACCUUUACAAAUUGAUCCAAUUACAAAGGCCAAGGAGAAACUCAAUUUUGCAAGGGUUGUGAUAGAAGUUUCAGUAGAUCAAGAUUUCCCUCAUUUAAUUAGUUUUGUAAAUGAGCAAGAUAAGCAAAUGGAUGUGAUAGUUCAGUAUGAAUGGAAGCCAAGUUUGUGUUCGGUUUGUAAAGGUUUGGGUCAUGAAGACAUUCAAUGUCAAAAGCAGCAAGGUAAACAGGUCUGGGUUCCAAAAAAUACAGGAGUAGAUCCUACAAAAAAGGCAAAGGCUGAGAUUGAUAAAGAUGGAUUUCAACUUGUUAUUGGGAAAGGUAAAAAAAAUGAUGGUGAGAUGACCAAAGAAAGGUCAGGAGUGCGAUUAUUAGAGGUAACCAAGUUUUCUUUUCAGGUGCUUGGAGAGGCUAGUAGUGGGGUUUCUAGAGAUGAGCAGGAUCGAGCUAUAACUGAAGGAGGGGGAGCACCUCUUGUUAGGAGAGCCGAUCUUUGGGAAGAUUUACGGUGCUUGAGAUCUAUGAGUCCUUGGGUUUUACUAGGGGAUUUCAAUGCGACUAUAAAUAUUGAGGAGAGGGUUGGUGUAAAGGUUAGGACUCUUCAUUCUGAGGCUUUUCGAGAGUGUAUGAUAGAUUGUGAGUUGGAGGAUGUUCAUUACAAUGGUUGUUUUCAUACUUGGAGUAACAACCAGGAUCCUCCUGAUAGGAUAGUUGCAAAAUUGGAUAGAGUUUUGGGGAAUAGUACUUAG